AUGGCCGUAAAUUACGCAAACGCUUUAUCGCCUUAUGACAACAAAGGUAACUUGGGAUUGCCUGAGUUGUUUGAUGACGAUGCUACGCUUGAACGAAAAAUAUUGGAACUGUCUGAUUUGAUUAAACAAAGCCGUUGCUGCGUAUUUCACACAGGAGCUGGAAUAAGCACUUCGGCCGGGAUUCCGGAUUUUCGUGGGCCAAAAGGUGUUUGGACUCUUGAAGCAAAGAACGAGAAGCCAGAAAGUGUCGAGUUUACAAACGCACGACCAACGUUCACUCAUUAUGCAAUCAAUGCUCUGGAACGACGGAAUAUUAUAAAAUUUUUGGUUACACAAAACGUGGACGGACUUCAUGUUCGCUCGGGUUUCCCUCUGAACCGUUUAGCUGAAAUUCAUGGAAACGUUUUUCUCGAAAUUUGCAAUAAAUGUGGAAGACGGUAUUAUCGAAAAGAACCAGUGGGAAGUAUUGGUAGAAAACCAACAGGAAGAGAUUGCGAGGGUACUUUGAAAGGUAGAAGUUGUCGAGGUAGGUUACAUGAUAUGUGUUUGGAUUGGGAAGAUGCCUUGCCUGAAGAUGACUUCUCGAUGGCUAUCAAGUUUUGCAAAAAAGCGGAUUUAAGUGUCUGUUUGGGUACGACUCUACAAAUAGCUCCAGCAGGUGAUUUGCCUCUUUUGGCUAAGAAAAACGGAAAAAUGGCUACCAUUAAUCUUCAAAAAACCAAACAUUACAAGAGAACAGACUUAAUAAUAAAUUCACGUUGCGAUGAUGUUAUGCGACGAUUAAUGGAAAUUUUGCAAAUUGAAGUAGUUGAAGAUUAUAAAGAAGACAAUGUUAUACCUUUCUCAAUAUAUCCAUUGGAAAAUUUUGUAUAA